AUGAUGACGGUUUCAUGUGUUUACAUUUCUGUUUCCUUUCAUUGUUGGUGUCUUAUAAAAAUAACAAAUUAUUUUGAAAUAGAAAAGUACUUUUAUUGUUAAAAGUGUCUCAAUGUGCAACGCCACUAGAGACAUAAUGUUCGAAGCAGUGUUAGACGCAGCUCAUGAUCCCGAUGAUAUACCACAAACCACAGAACCACUUUGGAUCUUAGGGAAAAGAUAUACCCCUAUAAAUGAAACUAACUCCAUAAGACAAGAUAUAGUUUCAAAAUUGUGGUUUACAUACAGAAAAGAUUUUGUGGCAAUAGGAGGUAGCGAUGGCAAAACAACAGACAAAGGAUGGGGUUGUAUGCUCCGAUGUGGCCAGAUGGUUCUGGCACAAGCAUUAAUAAAUUUACAUUUAGGUAGGGAUUGGCUGUGGAGUCCUAUGACAAAGGAAAUGACUUAUCUUAAUAUAGUAAAAAAAUUUGAAGAUAAUAGAAAAGCACCAUUUGCAAUUCACCAAAUAGCAAAUAUGGGUGUGUCUGAAGGAAAGCAAAUAGGGCAAUGGUUUGGACCAAAUACUGUUGCACAGGUUUUAAAGAAACUAGUGAAACAUGAUGAUGAUGUCAAUAUUGCAAUUCAUGUGGCUAUGGAUAAUGUUGUUGUUAUCAGUGAAAUAAGACAUCUUUGUAUCAGUCCAUCUGCAAUAGACUAUUCAAAAACUGAUUGGAAACCUUUGUUACUCAUUAUACCAUUGAGGUUAGGUCUCUCUGAAAUAAACCCAAUUUAUAUUAAUGGGCUUAAGAAAUGUUUUCAUUUUAAACAAAGCCUGGGAGUUAUAGGUGGAAGACCAAACUCGGCAUUGUAUUUUAUUGGGUACAUAGGAAAUGAAGUUAUUUAUUUUGAUCCGCACACAACUCAAAAAGCUGGUUCUGUUGGGUAUAAAGACACUUUAGAAGAAAGAGAGGUAGAUUACAGUUACCAUUGCAAACAUGCCUUAAGAAUGAAUAUGACGAGCAUGGAUCCCUCGGUAGCUGUGUGUUUUUUCUGUAAAACUGAAGCAGAUUUUAAUGACCUCUGUGAAAAAAUUAAAGAACAACUAAUAAAGCCUGAGAAACAACCUUUAUUUGAAAUAUCCUUUGAAAAACCACAGGAGUGGCAACCAAAUAAAGAAGAUUUAAGUGCAUUAGACUUGAGUGAUCACUCAGAUCAAGAUGAAUUUGAAAUAUUAUAAUUACAUAGUUCCUUCCUUGAGAUUAAUACACCAGACAUUUUUUAAGAUACUUAUACACUGAAUCUUCAUAGAGUUUUUAACGAAUAUUGUUCACUUUAUAUUUUUUGCUUUUUAUGUGUUCAGUUUUAGAAGUAUAUCAUUCUAAAACGUUAUUGUAUAUUGUUUUAAAUUAUUAUUGUAUGGUUACACAUGUUUAAAUGCCGAAUUUUUUAGGUAUGUUUUUAAUAUUAUAUAGUUUUGGUAUAUAUUUGAAAGAA